GUUCGAGAUGUGCUUGGAUUCUCAAAAGCCAUCAUGAAGCACUAUGCCUUCAGUCGAGAACCGCAGUGGCUCCUCAGCAUACCGUCCGACAUCUCUUGACUUCAUCAACCUUCCAAAUCCUAUUCAACCUGCUCCUCCGUCGCAAAAGCACCCCUUGAAUGGCACCCCCCACCUCGAAAAGGCGCGACUCGACACUGUAUCGAAUCAAGAUCUCUUCCGGCUAGUUCUCGAGCCUUCUGGUGACAGAGCACCGAAAAGGCCCCGUCCUGUAGACAAUCCUAACUUAGACCUACCAAAGUUGCCGGUGAGAAAUAAUGCCAAGCGUCUACGCAUUCCGCCUACGCUCUCUGGGCUUCAUCAGCCGCCACCUGAUGCCGGUCUACUGCCUUCCAUAAGUGUUGACAAGCCUCCAAGUCUUCCUUCGAAAACAUUAGAUUCAGAACCACAUGCUGAAGCAUCCGAGACUGGGCCUGCGCCUGAUCGGACAGGCAGUUCAACAACAAGGUCCGCGUCGGCAACAGCGAACGAGUCGAAAAAGCAGCCUAGGAAGCUCGCGAAGCGCAACAAGUGGACGCCGGAAGAGACUGAGGACUUGUUGAAAGGGGUUGCUCGCUUCGGCGUGGGGAAUUGGACCAAGAUCUGGAACUGUUCAGACUAUCAAUUCAACAGCCGUACGGCGCUAGACUUGAAAGAUCGCUUUCGGGUGUGCUUUCCAGAUCAUAACAAGACGUCGAAGAAGUCCAGUGCACCUAUAGGUGAGGCAACAUCAACUGACACGGACGAACAAGGAACCGCCUUGAAACGUUCCGCGAAAGGACCGGCACCAGAGCGAAUUGAUACGGCGACGCUUGAAAAGCUGGGCAUUAACACACCGUUUGUCAGAUCAGAACGGCGUUCUCGACAUGGCUAUAGCGCUACUGAAGACGAAGCCCUGCUCAGGGGUUUCAAAAAGCAUGGCAAGGCGUGGACCGCCAUCAAACAAGAUCCAGAUCUCAAUCUCUCGUCACGACAAGCGACUGAUUUGCGAGAUCGCAUGCGAACACGAUUCCCUGAGGAAUAUGCCAAAGCAGGGCUGGCGCCUCGAGUGAAAAAGCAGAGCGGCGACUCGAAUGGUCACACAUCUGCUUAUAACGAUGAGACUACGAAACAACAGGCCGAGAAUCAUAACGCUGUCGGUAGCAAGAAUAGCGCGCAACAACCUGGUACGCUUCUCCCCAAAAUGAUCGAUAUUAGGAAACCACAGCAGCAAGCGCUCUUCAGCCUCGACGACGUAUACCUAGGAAGGCUCAGCGAAGAUGAGGAUGACGACGAUGGGCCAAUUACACUCGACCGCGGCAUCUUGGAUUGGGCGACAGAUACUGCUCGACCGGUGCCCGCUGAACGGUUGCGCGCACCUGAUCCCAACACUUCUUUACUACCGAAGCCUAUACACGCGAGGCAUACCCAGGAGCUUCCAAUGUCACAGGCUUCUCAGAAUAACAAUGCUACAUCGCUGCCAUCGCUAGCGAGCUUGCUGCCCGAGAACAACUCGUCAGAGCACCUGGAGCUGCCGUCAUUGACGGAAUGGUGGGGUCAGAGCGAUGGGCGCGGGGGAACAGCUUCAUAUCCAAGCUUGGAGGAGAUACUCAGUCACGAUCUGUAGCCACUGCGGGCGUAGAGUAAUGCCAUAUAUGUUGGAUUUCAAAGUAUAUUGGUUGGCAUUCCGGUUAGACUUUUUGACCCAAGUCGAAGGAAGUCG